AUGGCCGAAUUCGAGUCAACCACUGCAAACUUCCUCGAUGCCAAGAUAGAAGCGCUGGAGAACGACAAAGUUCACCUUUGCUGCACGAUAGAAGAGCUUGACGAAGCCAAAAUCGCAGGGUCCCUCACCGAUCCUGACUUUCAGGAGCAAAUCGGGCCCCUCCUCGCUGAGUUCCGAUCGACGAUGACGACAAUUCAUGUCCUCAAACGCCAGCGAAAGAUGCUUCAGGAGGAUUUGCAGGAGGAAGUCGAGUUGAAGCGUCAAAGGCGUCAUGAGCCAUCUGACGACGGUCUUCUUGAAAGAGCCUAUCGAGACACCGUCAUCCCACAACUCAUGCGUGCUGGCCAACCCUUCAACCAGCGCCAGUUCAAGAUCAAAGUCCACCAGUUUUACGGACUGACAGAAGCGUGCGAGAAGGGAACCUCCUUCUGCCACAUCCUUGGGCUCUUUGUGCCGGCGUCGACGAUAACGACGGCUCACAUCGUGCCCAGAACCCUCCCUCAGGAGGAGAUCUCCCAUCUGUUUGGCGGCGAGUAUAGCUUUCUUACUGAUCCUCGAAACGCUCUGUCGCUCAGCAGUCCUAUCCAACUUCUUCUCGACCAGGGAGUCAUUGCGGUGGUCCCAGUCCCUGGCGAAAUAACCAUCCCAACGACAUGGAGAUGCGUGGUUUUGGACGAAUCGAAAUAUGAAAACAUCGUUUACCAGAAGGAAACCGGAGACUUGAUCAGAGUGAAGGACCUUGAUAAUCGCGUCUUGAGCUUCCUCUCCGAUGCCCGCCCCCGUCGACGAUUCCUAUACUUCCGCUUUCUACUCUCAUAUCUCGAUGCGAAGAGAUCGAACCUCCGAGACGUCACCACAAAGGCUGAGACUGGGAGAUUCUGGCCGUCUGGAGGUGUUGAUUUCAGGAAGCCGACGCUGACAGCCCUCGCACGUUGUGUUUCCGGUUGUGAGAUCCCAGACAGUCUCAUCGAGACGCAGACUUUCGAUCCGCCAGGCGAUGCCAGGGAUGUUGAGGCGGGCAUGAUUCUGGCAGCCGAUGUUCGAGACAGGUCAGUGUCAUGGAGUUCUGUCAUUCGGAUGGAUGACCAUAAAGCGAUAUGA